AUGGCUGGGACGCGCAGAAGGAGUGCUCGGUCUGACGGAGGGGCGCGCGCGGGAGACCCGUUUGCCCUGCGCCUGCGCCCAGCGCCCUGCCAGGACUGCCUCGCGCUGCGCUUCUCGGUGCUCAGCACACUUAACGAACGGUGGGCUUGGAAGGUUUUAAUACCUAAAGUUACUGUAUGUUCUAACAUAAUCCGACUCUCGUGUUUUCAGGUUGCUGAGGAGCUGCUGUAUGAGCACUGGAAGAGGAACAAUGCUGAACUCCGGGAGAUUGAGUCAGAGCUGCACAAGAAGCACGUAAUAGACGCUUGGGGCGAUCAACUAAUGCGAAAAAAGCAGCAAGAAGCAACCGAACAAGAAGAGAAAAGACGGUAUGAAAAUGAGUAUGAAAUUGCGCGGAGGGAAGCGCUGGAAAGAAUGAGGCAAGAGGAAGAAAAGCGCCGGCUGGAAGAGAAGAAGCAAGCAGAGAUAUUAGUUCAACAAAUACAAGAACUGAAAUUACAGGAGACAGAGGCAACAAAACUGAAGAAAGAACAAGAGAAUUUAAUAAAGCGGAAGUGGGAGCUGGAGAACUUGGAAGAAGAAAGGAAACAAAUGGAAGAGCACCGGAAGAAGAUAGAGCUUGGUCGCUUUUUGAAGCAUCAGUGUAAUGCCCAAUUAAAGAGACGUGCCCAGCAGAUACAGGAGGAGCUGGAGACAGACAGGCAAAUUUUAUUAGCCCUCCUUGAGAAAGAAGAUGAGGAUCAGCGCCUCCAGUCUGCAAGACGAGAACGGGCUGUUGCAGAUGCUGCCUGGAUGAAACGUGUCAUUGAGGAACAACUCCAGUUAGAAAAGGAGAGAGAGGCAGAGCUACAGACUAUUUUUAGAGAAGAAGCUAAAAAAGUAUGGGAAAAGAGGGAAGAAGAAUGGGAAAGAGAAAAGAAGGCCAGAGAUCGUCUGAUGAGUGAGGUCCUUGCAGGCAGACAGCGCCAGAUCCAAGAAAAAAUGGAGUUAAACAGACGGGCCCAAGAAGAGUCUGUAAAGUAUAGAGAGCAACUGAUUAAAGAACUUGAGGAGGCCAAAGAACUGACUAGGCGAGAGAGAGAGCAAGAGGAGAAAUUGAAGACAGCUCGCAAACAGGAGUUGGAAGCUCAGAUGACAGAACGUCACUUAGAAGAACAAGAAGAGCAGCAGCGCCAGAGAGAGGAAGAAGAGGAGGAGAGAGUAAUAAAGCAGCGCUGUGAGGAGUUAGUGCAGCAAGAGGCCCAGCGCAUGGCUGAGCAAGGAUAUCGCAACAGGCUCUACAGUCAUCCAAAAGCAGCAUGGAUCUGAAGAUUCCUGUCCUUGAGCAACGAGCACUAAAUGAGGUUGCAUACUACAAAAAGAAAAUUUUGAGGAAUCAAGAAACUCCUUAUAUAAUGAUGGUUUUGGAGUAGCCUACAAUGACUCUAAACUCAGUAGAAAUUAGAUAUUUGAAAAUAUUUUGAUGUGGCCUAGCUGAACACAAGAUCAAAUUUCUACUGGCUCCAAUAAAUGCAGAGGUGUGCGCAUGCAUUUAGGAUUCCACCUUUAACUGCUUCACUUACUUUCUGUUCAGGAGUUAUGAUGUUUUAUUUUAGUACGUGCUGCAGUGAGUCAAAACAUUCAACAGGAAGAAGAGCAAAGGAAAUAAAGCUUGCAGUCUGGUUGUAAAAGUAUGAAAGAAUGCCUACUUGCUGCAGAAUAGUAACUCUAGGCCGCUAAGGGUUGUGUUUUGUAUUUAAAUUUAAAGUCAGACUCCUGCCUCAGAAAAGCAGUACGUGCCCUAGAAGCCCAGCUGUUGCUUCAUAACACCUAUUGCAAAUCACUGAGAUAGAUGGAUAGAUAGAUAAUGCAGGCUGUGGUACCACUUCUUAACAUGUCAGUUCACCUCCUCUUCAGAAGGUGUUGAAGACGUCAAUAAAGGAUUUUUUUCUCAUUUUUACAAAUAACGAGUACUUGCAAGCUGAAUAACCGUUAGUUUCAAUAUAGAAGCCAACUGCUGUAACCACAAGAACGUGUAAGUUUUAGUGAUAUUGCACUCGACUCCUUGAUGUCAUUGUGGACAACAGCAGCUUAAGAUCAGGCCAAGCACUUCCCCUGGUAAAGUACACUCAAAUCUGCACUGUACCACCUUCCAUAGUGUGCAAGUCCUGUGUUGCCAUAGGAGUCUUACAGAGAUUCAUGCUAUUCUAGCAAGGUAGCCUUACUCAAUUAAUGGAACUUUUUCAAUAUUUUCUUCAUAAAACAAGCAGUCAAAUAACCCACAGUUUUACACACUGAAAGGAUUUUAGCAUUUUAUAAUAAUACAGUAAACAAAAGAUUAAGUCAGAAUGUACAGACAGAAUGACACUGAUAAACACAAGUUUGUCAAAAGGCAUUUUUACUUUCCUAUGCAGCAUUUUGUAGAGAGGAUGGGGGUAGGGAAAAGAGAUCAACUCAUAAAAUAAAAACCGCUUUUAUUGAUUCAGAUAUUGUAGAAUCUGCUGACCUGCAGUGCUACAUAACUUGAGGGCUAAUGUAUUACUCUUUUAGUUCCACCAUUAUUUUUGAUCCACUCUGCCUGGUUGUGGAAAGAGCUGAUGAAGCAUGUGAGCAUUUGCUCAGACCAAGCUUCUGUUCUACUGAUAGCUAAGAAAAUUUCAUAUCCCACAUCAAACUGGCUCUGGAGCAAUGACAAACUGUGAUGAUGACCGAUCGGUCUAGAAUAAACGUUUGUCCAGAGAAGGUGGAGUUUACCAGAAAUGCUUUCAAGUGACAGAAUGGAAAAUUAAUCGCAUUUGGCAAUACAUUAUUUUAGAAAACCUGUAGCUAGCAUAGUGAGAACAAGGGCUUGCAGUUAAAGUUAGCUUUUGUUUUGGCACAGAGGCAAAUUUAAACAGCUGGUAACUGAAAAAUCAGGUAAGGAUAUGUUAAAGAAAAGCAUAUAAUGAUGUCCCAAGAGAUUCAAAAAUACCCUUCUCUACCUUUCAGUUAUGAUAAUUUAAAAGAAAAAAAAAUCCUAAAAGGAAAUUAUGUACUGGCAAUGAAAUAUACUGAUAAUUCUGAAACAGGUUUUAUAAAUAUUUGUCUUUUACGGUUCUAAUCCCAGCCUGUCUGCACUCCUGAACAUUUAGAAACCGUUCUAGGAUUCAGAAGUACAGAAAGAAGAGACAGAUCAUGAAGAGGAUUAAUUUACUAGAUUUUCAUCUAAUCUCUCUCCAUCCCUCUUCUCUCAAACUUAAGUAUUUUAAAAAGGCACCUAUUUACAACAUUUAAGAAUCCAACAAUAUCGUGGCACUUGGGCAAUGUUUGUACGUACAUACAAACGCAAGUAUGGUUUUUAAAAGGAAAAAGCCACUGAAGUUUAGUCCUUGUUCGUUAACCUAAACAUGGCAGAUUUUCACCAGAAAGCCUUAAAGAAUAACGCUAGAAUAUGCUAGACCUGUUUAUGGAACAGCAGAUAGCCAUUUCUGAAUCAAAUGUUUCAGUGAAAAGUGGCUGAAUAUUCACAUAUUUAGACAGACCAUAAUAUGAUGACGCUUACAUAGAUACUGCUGGCCAACACAGAGAGGGCAGAGAAUAUAGCAACAUAUGUAUAGUUUGUGGCCUUUAAUUUUUGGAACUAGAGGAAAGAGUCAUAAGACUACCUAUAACAAGGAAAGGUCUUCUAUUUGGUGGGAAACUUUCACAUUUCACAAGCUUUGCCAGGUUUAUAUGUAACUAGGCUUGACGUGCAGGAUUUAUGAAAUCUCACACCAUCAAAAUAAUAAUUAACUGGAGUUUUGCUUUGAAAAAGUAACCGACAACUACUCAUCUGUUCCCUCAUUUCAGGUAACAAAUCAAAAUCUUUUUCCUCUGAACUCCACAACAUUUGCACAGCAACAAAGCGAGCUAAGUUGUCAAAACACUCAACCAGAUGAAAAGGUAUAAGAUCAGUUUCCAUCCUCCUUGUUGUGCAGCCCCUCUACAGACAACAGCCCUGUAUCUGUCCACCAUGAUCCUUCUGCCAUUUGCCAUUAGAUCACUGAAACAGCUCUAGGGUCAAGCUGGUAAGGUAAAACCAUAUUAACUACACACCUGUGACAUCUGCCUAUGUUUCUUAAAUUUGAUUUUCAGCUAAAGCACUGCUUUAAGUGGCUACUAGUUAAACUGAUGUGACAGGCUCUUUGGAAAUGACAACACACUUUCAGAUGGGACACAUUAGGAGGCAAAAUAUCAUUGAUUCUCCAUGGAAUUUACACUCCUUAGGAACUGUAAUUUUUGAAAGUAUGGACUUAAUCAUUUUUUAGAAAUUCUUACGAACUUAGAAAUUGAAAAAACUGAAAUAUACAUUGACAUUUGUUACCUAUCUACAUUUCUGAUAGGUGACUGAUCUUGAGUUAUUCCAUAUGCAGCUUGUAAAAUUUUGAAAGCUUUGCAUGAAGGUUGCUAGAUAUAAAAAUCUUUUCACAUUUAGAUACGCUGAGGUACAAAGGCAAUAUGCUAUGGCAGACAUAGCUUCCUUUGAACUGGCACUCUUCUAAUUUCCUUUUUUUCCUCCAUAAUUAUCACAGAAAUCUUCAACAAAAUUGCUUCUCAGGAGACACUGAACAAUGCUGCUACAAACAAAAUUUUGCCUUGAAGAUGACACUAAAUGGUAAUAAAAUUCCAUAGGAAACUUCAGAAUGGGUUACUAAAUCAGAAACAAAGGAUAAUAUUUUAACCACUAAUGCCCUAAAGUAACAUCAAACAUAUAUAUUAAUGGCAUAGUGACAACUAAAAGUAGUAACUAUUAAAUUUUAAAUUCCUUCCAAAACAGAUAAAGUGACAAAAGACCUUGUAUAGUUACAUUUAAUAAGCUUGGAUGCCCACAACUACUAUUGUUUCAGCAGACUAAAAAUGUAUUAUUGCACAACAGUUGAUAUGGGAACAGGUAAUACUCAGUUUGUAUUCCGUUAUCAGAAGGACUACAAAACUUCUCUCUGCUGUUUAGCAGUUAUGUUCCUGGAGCCUUCAGAGCCUGGUUUCACCGCAAGUUUUAGCCAGUAGGUAUCACCCUGCAAAUGAGGCUCCAGGAUGUACAGAGCAAAGGCGAGAUUCUGCCCUCUGAUAUGUGCAGUUGACUUCAAUGGGAGAUGUGCAAGCAAUAUCUGAAGGCAGAAGAUGGCCCUAAGGAAAUCUCUUAUAAGAGCUCGAUACAAAUGUUGUAUGUGAUAUUGGCUCAACAGCUAUUUGCAACAUGCUAUUAUCUGUAACUAAACUGGCAACACAGGCACAAAAUAAGGCAGUGGGUUAAAUUAAUCAUUAAAAUUGUUAGAAAACAUGCAAAAAUAAUACUGAAUUAAAAAAAAAAAAGUUUUUUGCCCCUUUAGUUUUCUUGUAAAAAUUUGAAUAGUUCCACACCUAUAUUUGAAAUUCAACCUUUUAAAAAAAAAAAAAAAAA